GGCGGACUGAGGACUCUCGAGCGCUUUCGCUCCUUGACACUUUUGCUGCGGAGGGAUGGCGCGGGGCGUCUCGGUGCUCUAUGGGAUGCUGCGGCGGUGGCUUUGCUUAGGACCGAGCUUGCUGUUCCUUCAGCUCCUGCUUGUGUGUCCGCCGGGCCCGGCUGGAGCUGGCCAGCUCUCCAAGUGGCGGCUGCCGGCGCCCAUGGGGAAGAAUUUGUUUAACUUUGGAAAGAUUCUCUUCAACAACACUACCAUUUUCCUAAAGUUUGAUGGCAAUGCAUCAGCAUGUGAUCCUUCUCAAAGUUACAAAGUCACCUGGUACCUGAGAUAUUCUAACUGCUAUAAUGAAGUCUUCGAUUUUGGGGAUAAGCAGACAGAGAGAGAUUUUUCUGAAGAAAUUCGAGGUUGGUCAGGACACUAUGCUAAUUCUACACUCUUCUUCCCCAACUGCUCCGAGCUCUUCAAACCACAGGUUUUCUACAAGGAAUUUCUUCAUCCAGAAGACUUCUCACAAGGAAAACCAGAGGAUAAGAGACAGAAUGGAACAAACCACACAUCAGAAGCAGAUAAGCCUGCAAUGAAUGCUGUGAUGAAAACCUGGAAAGAUGGGCCUUAUAUCUUUAUUGUGCAAAUAGGAGUUUCACCCUUAAAAGAGGCCAGUGUCAAAGAGAAAGGAAUGACAAGUGAAGGAUUACCAAAAGUUAUGGCUACCUCUGAUCCACAAGAAACAUUUAUUACCAUGAUUGUGGAAGUCAAGGGGCCAUACGAGUACCUCUCUCUUGCAGAUUAUCCCCUUAUGAUUUUUUUCAUGGUGAUGUGUAUAGUAUAUGUGUUCUUCGGAGUUCUGUGGCUUGCCUGGUCAGCCUGCUACUGGCAAGACCUCCUGCGUAUCCAGUUCUGGAUUGGUGCAGUUAUUUUACUGGGAAUGUUGGAGAAAGCUGUUUUCUACGCAGAAUUUCAGAAUAUCCGCUACAAAGGAGAAUCUGUCCAGGGGGCAGUGAUACUGGCUGAGCUGCUUUCGGCACUGAAACGUUCACUUGCUCGAACUCUUGUUAUCAUAGUGAGCCUGGGAUAUGGGAUAGUCAAACCUCGUCUUGGAGUGACCCUGCACAAAGUAGUUGUGGCUGGAGCCCUCUAUUUAUUAUUUUCUGGCAUGGAAGGUGUCCUCAGAGUCACAGGGGCACAGAGUGAUCUUGCCUCCUUGGCUUUUAUUCCGCUGGCUUUCCUAGAUACUGCCCUGUGCUGGUGGAUAUUCAUCAGUUUGACUCAGACAAUGAAACUGCUAAAACUUCGGAGAAAUGUUGUGAAGCUCUCUCUCUACCAGCAUUUCACCAACACUCUCAUCUUGGCAAUAGCAGCAUCUGUUGUUUUUAUCAUCUGGACCACUGUGAAAUUCAGGCUAGUAAAUUGUCAGUCGGAUUGGCAGGAGCUGUGGGUGGAUGAUGCCAUCUGGCGACUUUUGUUUUCAAUGAUUCUUUUUGUCAUCAUGGUUCUUUGGAGGCCAUCAGCCAACAACCAAAGAUUUGCUUUUUCACCAUUGGCUGAGGAAGAUGAAGAUGAUGAACAGAAGGAGCCAAUGCUGAAAGAAAGCUUUGAAGGAAUGAAAAUGAGGAGUUCAAAACAAGAACUGAAUGGAAAUCCUAAAGUCCACAAAGCACAGGAAGAUGACCUGAAAUGGGUAGAAGAGAAUGUUCCUUCUUCCGUAACUGAUGUUGCACUCCCAGUGCUUCUGGAUUCAGAUGAGGAAAGAAUGAUCACACAUUUUGAAAGAUCAAAAAUGGAGUGAGAGGGGGAAAAGUAGCAGGGCAAGACUGGCUGUGACUGGAGAAAAGGGGAAACUUCUGUGUCUCCCUUAGAAUGUUCCAGCGUUGCAUUCUUCUGAUGUGUUCUGCGAUCCUUCACCCCUGGAGUUGAACAUUGUCCUAAGAGAGAGAACAUUUUACUUGGGUCACUGUGGAAGGGAAUGACAAACGUGUUGGUAAACCUAGGAAAAUAUUUGAAUUUGCAUUGUUUCUGCAAGUUGGUUUUAUAAGCAAUUUAAAUGUCUUUUAUUACAGCACGUUCUGUUGUUUUUAACUAUUUAAGUGAAACUAAAAAUUUUAACAACUGUCUAAGGAACUAUUAAUUCAAUAUUACAGCUAAAUCCCAUACAUUUUAAACAAAAGAGGCAGCAGAAAAAGGGUUAUGGAUCGUUGCCUUACAAACCAGCAAGGAUGACCCAUGCACAAAAGCAAAUUUUGGCAUGUAGACAAUUACCAGCAGUCUGCACACAUGAGAAGGAACUGCACACGGUGGUAAAUCUUGCAUGCAGCACUUGGGGCUAUACAUAUGGAGGGAGAAAUUGAGUCCUGUCUCUCCUCUGCUUCCCAACUGAGGAUUGGCAGUGUCAGAGCUGGCAGCAUGAACCAUUUAUAUAAGAUGCUUGAGCAGGGUAGUGUGUGUGCACCCUGCUGGAAUCUGUAAAUCAGGGUUAGUGCCUUUCAUUUUUCUUGGAUACAGCAGUUGUUGACUGAAGACUGUGGUAUCUGGCUUGGGAGAAGGAGAGAGCUUUGGAAUAAGGGGUUCUUGCUUAUGGAAAAUACUCAGUAUAUGUCACAAGGGAAGUAUCUGGAAAAACUAUGGUUCCUAGUGAUUUAAGCAAAAUCAAGUGCAAUUUUAUUUACCCCACUUUGUAGGAAAGAUUUUUUUUUAAUUUAAAAUUUUACUUAGAAGCAGUGAUUGCUUAAUGUUUGUUGCUGCAUCUCACUGCUGGCAAUGGGGUGUGAGCAUAAGCAAUUAACUGUUCAAAUCAGAGCAAUGUGUGAUUUAAUAAAACACUCCAGCAAUGGCUUGUGAUCUUUGAAUGGAUCCAUGCCUAUCCUUCUUUUUCAAUAUUGUUGUAUUGGAAUCUAUUAAAUAGACUCACAAAAGCACUUCAGCUAAACUGAACCAGCCCUGUGUAACUGGCCCAGCCCUGUGUAACUGGCCCACUUGCCUUUAUUAUGAUUUGCCAAGUGCUUGAUAACACAACCUGUUUUUUAAGUUCCAGGUAUACAGCAAAAGAAAAUUGGUUAUCCAGACCCUCAGCAAGGCCUGCCCUGAAUUAUUGCAUACCUAAGGGUCAUCUUUCCUUGAUUUGCACAUGCUGUACAUGAAAACAUUAUGUUGAAUAGCCACUGUCCCUUUGCAGUUCUCAAAUAAGCAGCUCCCUGAAUAACCAAAUAAGCACAGCUUCUGUGCGUGUAUGCAGCAGCACUCCCUCAUCCUGUGUAGCACCUAACAGUCUUUUCCCUCCUUGCCCCAAAUGCCCAUUCUCUGUACCUCUGAACACAGUCCUACAUUUACUUACCCCUAUUCAAUCCCAUCCCCAUCAAUUCUCCCUCUGAAGCCCCAGGUCCCUAAUGAGCUGCCCUUGACUGCACAUGUUAUCUGUGGGGGGGAGGGGGAUCACAGGAGUUUGUGAGGAAGACUUCCUAGAACAUUGAGUCUGCCCCUGGGAAGGUAACAAGGUAUUAGUAAAGGGGCAAUCUCAAUUUACCAUAGGGUUCUCCUGUAAUAAAUAUGACAGUUUUGGGAUACUUCUGUUCUGGAAAACGUUUAGGAAGUAAUGAGCAGAUAGUAUUUGAAUUUGAAAUUUUCAAAUUUGGGUGCCAACAUUUGCGGUUUUUCUCUGAUAGCUGGUAUAUUUAUUGCUACAGCAACACCAGGACCUAGGGUUGCCAACUCCAGGUUCUGAAAUUCCUGGAGAUUUGAGGGUAGAGCCUGGGGUUUAGGUAAGUUUCACUGCUUAAGAGCGAUUCCUCAGGACCAAGGAGCUUGCUUUAACACCAGACAGCUACCUUUUGUGGUUCAUCCCUGGCUGUCUUUCAUUCCAGUAUUUAUUUAUUUAAUGUUUCAACACCACAAGGUCCCUUUAACUGCCUGCCCUCCCCUUCCAAACCUGACAAGGGCUCCGAGUUCUUUCCCAUGCUCGUCCUACUUGCAAGUCUGUUUGGAAGUCCUCCCUGCAUCUCUCAGGAGAAGGCAGCACUGAAGUCUUUGGUUGGAAUUCAGUCACGCUGGCCUCUGUGUUUUCAUCUGCAACAACUUCCUGGUUCCCAGCUGCAACAAGUAGAACUGGGGUUGCUGCCUACGCUUGGCACCUUCUUUGUCUCGGCCUUGCCACCCUUCCUCUGGCAUUGGUGCUCAAUCAGCUAUUCCUCAUGGCUCCCAGGUUGCCUCCUUCCAUUCCGAACUCACCCCUUUUAAAUCUCCCUGUGUCUCUUCCAGGCUCCGCCCCUGCAAUAGCUCAGAUGUUCCUCCCUUCAAUCGGUCACAGUAAGGAAGAAACCUUGGUAGCGUAUAAUACCAUACAGUCCCACCUUCUAAAGCAGCCAUUUUCUCCAG